CAACGGGCAGCACAAGCCAUGGAAACGAGAUGGGAGGAAGGCAGCUGGGUCCGUCAUCCGUGAGGCUGGUCCCAGCGUCGGAGGCGGAGAAACUGCUCGGAAGGUGGUCCGGGCGCGCCUUCCAAAUUUCUCGACGCGACUGGCGCCUGCGGGGACCAUCGAUCAAGCUCCGAAGCUGCUCUGCACGAUACCAUUCCAACCUCUUCCGACACUUUUCUCUGCUGCGUCUUUGAACAGCGCUCUUGAAGGUCUUUCUUUGAAUUCCUCCCCGCCACCAUGUCGUUCGGCGGCCAAACACCGACCAUUGUUGUUUUGAAGGAAGGUACCGAUCAGUCGCAGGGCCGAGGACAAGUACUCUCCAACAUCAAUGCCUGCAUGGCUGUGCAGUCAACAAUAAAAGGAACGCUCGGCCCGUAUGGCGGUGACCUGCUGCUGGUGGACGAGAACGGGAGGCAGACGAUUACGAACGACGGCGCGACCGUGAUGAAGCUCCUCGACAUCGUCCACCCCGCCGCCCGCAUCCUCACAGAUAUCGCGCGCUCGCAAGACGCAGAAGUGGGCGACGGCACAACGUCGGUCGUCGUGUUAGCAGGGGAGAUACUGAAGGAGAUCAAGGACUACGUGGAGCAGGGCGUCAGCAGCCAGACCAUCAUCAAGGGCCUGCGGAGAGCAUCGAAUAUCGCCGUGAAUAAGGUCAUGGAGAUCGCCGUGGAAACCGCCGAGGGCAACCAGCGCGAGACGCUCCAGAAACUCGCUGCGACUGCGAUGAGCAGCAAGCUGAUACACCGCAACGCCGACUUCUUCACAAAGAUGGUGGUCGACGCCGUGCUGUCGCUAGACCAGGAGGACCUCAACGAGAAGCUCAUUGGCGUCAAGAAGAUAACUGGCGGCGCUCUGCAAGACUCGCUCUUCGUCAACGGCGUUGCAUUCAAGAAGACCUUCUCGUACGCCGGUUUCGAACAGCAGCCCAAGGCCUUCAAGAACCCUAAGAUUGUGUGCUUGAAUGUGGAGCUAGAAUUGAAGAGCGAGAAGGACAACGCGGAAGUGCGGAUUGAGCAGGUGUCAGAAUACCAGGCUAUUGUGGAUGCAGAGUGGCAGAUCAUCUUCAACAAGAUGGAGGCGUUGUACAAGACGGGCGCAAAGGUCGUGCUCAGCAAGCUUCCCAUUGGCGAUCUGGCGACACAGUACUUUGCUGACAGAGAUGUCUUCUGCGCGGGACGAGUCGCAUCCGAUGACAUGGAGCGCGUGUGCAAAGCGACAGGCGCCAGCAUUCAGUCCACCUGCUCCGACAUCCAGCCCCGGCACCUCGGAACCUGCGAGCGCUUCGAAGAGCGACAAAUUGGUGGUGAGCGCUUCAACUUCUUCGAGGGCUGCCCCGAGGCAAAGACGUGCACGCUUGUGCUCCGUGGAGGCGCUGAGCAGUUCAUCGCCGAGGUCGAGCGAAGCCUGCACGACGCCAUUAUGAUCGUCAAGCGCGCCAUCAAGAACAGAAGUAUUGUGGCUGGAGGCGGAGCCUGCGAAAUGGAGAUCUCGUCGUAUCUGCAUGCAUACGCCGACGAGAACGUCCGCGACAAGAAGCAACCCAUCAUCAAGGCCUUCGCCAAAGCGCUCGAAGUGAUACCGAGGCAGCUCUGCGACAACGCGGGCAUCGACGCAACAGACAUCCUCAACCGCCUGCGGGUCGAGCACAAGAAGGGCAACAUCUGGGCGGGCGUCGACUUCGUAAAUGAAGGCAUCGCGAAUAACAUGGAGAAGUUUGUCUGGGAGCCUAGCCUCGUCAAGAUCAACGCGCUACAGGCGGCGACGGAGGCGGCGUGCUUGAUUCUAAGCGUGGAUGAGACGAUACAGAACCAAGAAUCAGCGCAGCCGCAGGCGCCGAAUAGGGCUCUCCCGCCUGGUGCGGCGCAGAGGGCGCUGGGGAUGAGGGGGCGUGGAAGGGGUAUACCGCGGCGGUAGAGGGAAGAGUAGGCUUGCAUGAUGUGUGGAGUGUAUGUAUACCACAAUCUGAAUCUGCGCGGGCACCGCGCGAGGUACUAUAAUGAAAAGCGUCGACUCACACAUGUGCGUAAACCCAGCUAUG